GCGUUCCAUGAUUGGCUCACUGCAAGGAUCGCACUUUUGAGCAAUAAAGACACGCAUCGCCUUCCGUAGCUUGUUGCCAAGACCGCCAGCGUCUCUUAGCAACAGUCCCUGCGCCUUCCUUUCGCUCUUCUCCGUUGAUUUGCGUUGUAUCGGCUGUGUUAUGGCCUCAGGGCCCAGCGUUUUCCUCCUCAACGUGAGCGGACAGAUAGAGAGCGCCGAGUUUCCAGAGUUUGACGAUCUCUACUGCAAGUACAGCUUUGUGUAUGGACACGACUGGGCCCCCACCUCUGGGGUAGAAGAAGGGAUUUCACAGAUCACAUCGAAGAGUCAAGAUGGCAAACAGGCUCUGGUGUGGAAUUUCCCUGUUGAAAUUACAUUCAAAAGUACCAACCCACACAGCUGCUGUAUACUAUAUUUGACCAGAGCGCCCACCUUGGAUUGUGAAAGGAAGAGUGCAGGGCCGCAAAUUGUUAUCAGUGUCUAUGGCCCUGACGCCUUCGGGAAUGACGUAGUGAGGGGCUACGGAGCAGUUCAUCUCCCUUUCACUCCUGGGAGACAUACAAGAACCAUUCCAAUGUUUGUCCCAGAGUCAUCGUCCAGACUGCAGAGAUUCACCAGCUGGUUUAUGGGACGGCGCCCUGAAUUCACAGAUGCCAAAGUUGUGGCCCAAGGCGAAGGAAGAGAAGUUACCAGAGUCAGAUCCCAGGGGUGUGUGACUGUCUCCUUCAAUGUGGUCACCAAGGACCUGAAGAAACUGGGCUACAACACCGGCAAUGGCGACUUCCACAAAGCCCACAUAAUGAGCCCAAGCAUUGGAUUGGUGGGCCCUUAAUGAUUAACUGUUAACAAGUUUUUGGAGACUUAAAGGGAUUCUGUCAUGAUUUUUAUGAUUUAGUUUUUAUUUCUAAAUUACAUUGUUUACACUGAAAAUAUAAAGUUGAAUUCCUGAACCAGCAACUAUUUUUUUAGGUGUAAUAUUGGUG